UAUAGUUUCAAUCUAAGCAAGUCAGAGCAUGUAAUCUUCCACAAAUGAACUGAGCUGAGCUGCAAAAGGUCCCAUAUGAGCAAAGAGGUGGCCCAAACACUUUUCGAGAUGUGAUUUUCCAUAAGGGAAGGUGUGUGCUCAUUUCAUGGUGGACACGCCCGUGCUUUUGUUGGAGUACUGUAGAGGUGUAAUCACACAAGGAGACUCUCUGCAGGAACUGAGAAACUUGACGCUGCUGUCUUGCAAAACUCGUGUUAAAGCCAAGAUGCCAGAAACAGCAGAAGCUGUGUCAGCCACUCUCACCACCAACAGAAACUGCACUAUAGAAAUAACCAAUGUCAGCAGUAGCUACUGCCUCAUCAAUCCCAAGGUAUACAUGGAAAGUGGCUUCUGUCACCACCCGCCCCAGCCUACAAUUCGCCCCACCAAGAUCGAAGUGUGCUCUUUCAUCAAGAAUGACAACACUGCCACAGGCGCUGUGGGCAUACUGACCUAUGACCUGUUCCAUAUGCAGAGCCGGGUUUGCUCUGAGCGCAUGGCCAUUAUGUUCUCUGUGCCCUUUGACCACAACCUGUACAAGAACCGGCUGGCCGUGGGUGUGGUUGAGCAGUCCUGUGCCUGUGACAAAAAUCUGUACAACCAGAUGUAUGAUGGGAAAGACCUCAAUAAAUUCACCCGCUCUGAGACAAACGGCUGUGGGCUGGAAUAUAAAGCUACAUAUGUUGAUUUGAGGGCUACAAUGUCUUCCAUUGGCAAAGCUAUUGUAAAACUGGAGCUCUAUGAUAAAAUGGGUCAUUAGUGUAGUGUAGUCUAGUUUUUUUACUUUGUUGAUUUGUACCCAACAGAAUAAAUAAACUUCAUUUGAUUUGACUACUGUUGCAUGUUGUCACCCAGAGAAAAAUCCAGUGGAGAGGAAGACUGAUUUUGCUGUCAUCUGUAUUUUGCGUCCACCGAAAGAUAUCAAUAUCUGACAGCCAGCUCAUUGAUUCUCCAUUAGCUUAUUCCUUGAGCUCAUGUAUAUUGUACACUCCCCUUUUCUUUGAUUAUGGUAAUAAAACAUUCAGACCCAA